AUGUCAUCUUACUGCAAUAAAAGACGAUUUCCGACGACAGAGGCAGUAAUAAUGAACUCAAGGCCAUUAAGUAUUAUCAUGUCUAAUCUUAUUGAAGUAGUGUUGUUGCCAGUAGGGAUGUUAAAUUGCUAUACCAGUUCAGUUCAAUUUCGGCUCAAUACAGCUUUAAGAUUAAGUUUUUUUGAGAAAUUAGCUGCUAGCAAUAAUUUAGAUAUUGGGACAAACAUGGUAAUUACGACAAUUGCAACAACAUCAACUUGUAGUGAUGAAAAACUUAUGAUAAAUCUUAGCAGAUCACAAAUCGAAAAGGAGCUUGUAGGAGAUAGAAUGGUCCGAAAAAAGAAUAAGCGAAGCAAUCCCAGUUUAGCAGAAGAAAUGCCUACCGAUAGGAAGGUGUUAUAUGCGAGAACCCACAAGACAAGCUAUAAGGGACUUAGGGCGAAGUCUACAAAAGGAGGUUCACCACUCCAUAUAACGAUAGCUGUGACAGAAGGCAUUGGUUCAGGAUCUGCCCUAUUGAGCUUUAAUAGUAAUUACUUUUUGAAGGAUUAUAUCACACGAGAAGCUGAUCUCACAAA